AUGACCUCCAAUAUCCCCGAAACUCUCCUCCUAUGCAUGGACUCCACCUUUAUAACAGCCUUUAAUACAGCCCUACUUGACCUCUGGCCCAACCACACAACCAAGAUAAAAAUCACACCCAUAAACGAGCGCCUAAACAGCCUGCCCCCCUCCUUAACUUUCGACCUAAUAGUCUCCCCCGCAAAUUCGUACGGUCGCCUUGACGGCGCCUUCGAUCAUGCGAUCUCAAUGACCUUCAGUCCACGAAACGACUACCACGCUCUAACCCGCACAGCACAACAAGUCCUCUAUGAUAAAUGGCGAGGCUUUGCACCCCCAGGCUCCUGCACGCUCGUCGAGUUCCCCGAGCCCCUCAAGCAAAACCCGCGGACUUGUUCCUGGAUCGCUCUCUGUCCGACCAUGCGAGAACCCGAAAAUGUGAAUUGGGAUCGGGAGGUUGUGUAUGAAUGUAUUUGGAGUUUGUUAUGUCAGGUCGAGGGACAUAAUCGUUCUGUUGGCAACGAAUCUCAGUCAAGGAUUAAGAACUUGCUUAUGACUCCGUUGGCGGUUGGUGUUGGGGGUGUCAGUAAGGAACGGUGGGCGAAGCAGACGGUUAUGGCGUUUAAGCAUUUUGUUGAGGCUGUGGAGAACCCGGGGGAAUGGAGUUCUUUACAGUGGGAUCGAAUUGAGAAGAUUGGAGAUGAGAUUCACGGGACGUGGGAAGAUACAAACUCCAAGUGA